UUUGCAUCCUCAAGUUAAAAGUGUUGUAAACAAUUUACAGAGAAAAAAAGAAAACAUGAAGUUAUUUUACACCAUAUUUUUACUGUGGUCUUUGAUCGAAAGCCAUAGUGUACAAGGACGAGCUUCCUUUGGCGUUUCGAAUUAUGCGAAUUCCUUCAGUACUAUAGUUAAGGGUCUUGGCAGGGAAAUUCCAAAUGUAAUUCCCACACCUAGUGAGUUGUUUAGGGCAUCGAAACAAGUCUUAUUUGGUUUACCCGAAACUGCUGUAUUCCGUACAGUUAAUAAUUUGUGCUCCGUGUAUUUGGCGGCUGAUACCAUUAGUCCACGUGUUACACCCGAUAUGAGUGCCAUGUCUUUGCGUUUACGUACACCUUGCGAGGAAUCAAGUUAUUCCCUAACUGAAGCUGAGAAUAUUUUGCAAAAUCCUGAUUUUGAUGUUAGCAAAAAGUUGGCUAUAUUCGUAACCGGUUGGACAGCUAGUUCCGAAGAUGCUUAUGUCACCGAUAUGGCAAAUGCUUUUCUUUGCAGAGGAGAUUACAAUUUCUUGGCCUUAAAUUCCUCCGAUUCCAUUGACACCUUAUACACUUGGUCUGCCUAUAAUACCGAAGAAGUUGGUCGUCAAUUAGCUGAAGCAUUGGCAAAACUACAUGAACAAAUACCAGCUGAAAAUAUUCAUUUAAUUGGUCAUAGUUUGGGUGCGCAUAUUGUGGGCUACGCUGGACGUUAUUUUUCAGAAUAUACUGGGGAAAAAAUUGCACGUAUUACCGGUUUAGAUCCCGCCAAUCCUUGUUUUAACGAAGGCGAAGAUUUAUCUGGCCUACAACGUGGUGAUGCUGAAUUCAUCGAUGUUAUACACACAAAUCCAGGAGUAUUGGGUAAAGCUAACUCGGUUGGUGAUGUUGAUUUCUAUGCCGAAGGUAUGGCUCCCAUUAAACCGGGUUGUGUUAGAUUUGGCUGUUCCCAUGGUCGUGCUUAUGAAUAUUUCACUGAAUCAGUUUAUCCCGGUAAUGAAGAGAAUUUCUUGGGUGUACGUUGCAGCUCGUUGAGUAAAUUGAAUAAUGGUUUUUGUACUGGCGAAGGAUAUCCAAUGGGUUUUGCUGUACCUACUGAUUUGAGAGGUAAUUACUAUUUAUCGGUUAAUGCCCAGCAACCUUAUGGACAGAAUAAUAACGGUCGCGCUGCAGUACCAAGUGAGUGUGCUAAUGUGUGUAAUUAAGUUUAAAUGAAAAUUUUGUAAAAAUAAAUAUUAAAUAGAGAAGCAAAAU